CAUACAGUAUAGACUUUAUUGCAAACGCCCUUCUUAAAGGGAUUGCUGAGGAGGUUGGGAGAAGGCCGUUUGAUCAGGACUUCAUGCCGUCUUGCGCCCUUCAUGAUUUGAUUCAGGGUCGCUUUUGUCCGUACUUGGCAUGGUUGUGCAAGAGGUGUUCUGUGCAGUGACAAGGCACCGAACUGUCUAAACAGGGAGAACAUGUCCGUUGUCGCUGUAGACCUCGUGUCCUUGGUCGUUGCAGCUGUCUGCUUCCUUGCGUGCGACCGAAUGCGACUUUACUUUUUUGCGCGACCAAUUCAGAGACAGCCAUACAUCCAUAUAUCAUGGCAUCGCUCUACAAGCUACAAGCCAAGAAAGGCGCCAAUCGCACCGCAGAAGAAGUGGAAGAAGGUGGCUUCAAGCCGGUGAAGCAAAAAGUGCUGAUUCUCUCAUCACGCGGGAUCACAGCGCGCCAUCGAUUCCUCAUCAAUGACUUGACGGCCUUGAUUCCACACUCAAAGAAGGAUACAAAGCUCGAUACGAAGCAGAAGCUGUUCCAGCUGAAUGAAGUGGCGGAGCUGUAUAAUUGCAACAAUAUCAUGUUUUUUGAAGCGAGGAAACACCAGGAUCUAUACGUUUGGUUGUCAAAACCACCCAACGGACCUUCAUUCAAGCUGCACAUUCAGAAUUUGCAUACCAUGGAUGAGUUGAAUCUCACUGGCAACUGUCUGAAAGGCUCCCGACCGAUUUUGAGUUUUGAUAGUACGUUUCAAACGAAACCACACUUUCGAGUACUGCAGGAAUUGCUACAGCAACAAUUCGGUGUGCCCAAGGGUGCUCGGCGGAGCAAACCUUUUGUGGAUCAUAUCUUGACGUUGACGAUUGCCGACAAUAAGAUUUGGUUUCGAAAUUAUCAAAUUGCAGAGACACAAGCGAAAGACGGCGUGCUUGAAGAUGGCACAAAACGGAAAGCUGCAAAGGGUGAGACGGAGAUUGAGCUGAUUGAGGUUGGCCCACGGUUCUGCAUGACGCUGAUUUGUGUGCUUGAGGGAAGUUUCGGUGGUCCAUUGAUUUAUGAGAAUAAGGAAUAUGUCUCUCCCAAUGUGGUGCGGAGGGAGCAGCGACAGGAAAAGGCAGAGGCGUACAAGUCUCGUCGUGCACAGACGGAGGAUUUGAAGCAGAAGAAGGUGUUGAGCCAGCGGGAGAAGGGAGAGCUGGAUAAUGCCGUGUUGUUCAAGUAGAGCAGAGCAUAGC